AUGAAAUUCUUAAACAUUUUUACGUUGGUCGUCACCUUAGCCUUUUGUCUCUAUACUCGAAGAAUCAAUGCAAUUCCAACAUCUGCUCUUACUAAUACUAAAUCAAGUGAAACCCCGAAUAAAAAUUACUUGCAAAGCACUUUACUGCCACACGAUCCAAACAAAUCCGCGACUAUCCCAACUGAAACUGUACAUGAUGCUCCAAAUGACGAGGAAAGACGAUAUGAUCCCACUGACGAGGAAAGACGAUAUGAUCCCACUGACGAGGAAAGACCAAGGCGGUUCAUUCCUACUCGUGAAAUUCGACAUCGAGAAAUUUAUCGCGAAAGACCUAAACUUGGAAUUGACGUUCUUCGUAUUUAUUUGGAUGUUCUGGCAGAUUUGCUUGAACGUCUGCAUGAAAUCGAUGAACGAAUUCCGCUUGAGCGUCUAUCUGGAUUAGUCGGUCGAAAGCCUGAUGCCUCGCCAAAUAGACGUUUAUUGGGCAGAAUUUUAAGUGGAAAAGUCCAAACUGUUAAGGAACAAAUACGAUGA